GUCGUUCCCACGUUGAGAGGACCGCAACAAACAUCCAUGUUCCGCCUGUCUCCAGUAUUCGUCUGUGUAUUUGUCUCCGCACAGCCAUCGGGGCAUCUUAUAAGCCCGCGCGCGCAUAUAUAGGCUCGCCGCUGACCAUGUCGUUCAGCAGGACUUUCCGCACCGCAACCACCGUAUCCAGGACUCUCGCAGCCCGCCCCUCUAUCCCACUCCGAGCCGCCCUCCCUCGCACGCACGUACAGACCCGCACAAUGGCCUCCGCUACCACCUUCCUCGAGGCGAUCAAGAAGCGCCGCACCUACUACGCCCUCUCGAACAAGUCGACCGUCUCCGAUGCGCGCAUUGAGGAGAUCGUGAAGGAGAUUGUCCUCCACGUCCCGUCGUCGUUCAACUCGCAGAGCUCGCGCGUCGUCGUUCUCUUCAAGGCCGAGCACGAGAAGCUCUGGGACAUCACUAGCGAGGUCCUCAAGCCCAUCGUCCCCGAGCAGCAGUGGGCCACCACCGAGAAGAAGCUCGCGAGCUUCAAGGCGGGCUACGGCACUGUCCUCUUCUUCGAGGACCAGGUCCCCAUCCGCGAGCUCCAGAAGAACUUCGCCCUCUACCAGGAGUCCUUCCCCGUCUGGUCUGAGCACACCAGCGGCAUGAUCCAGUUCGCCACCUGGACUGCGCUCGAGCAGGAGGGCCUCGGUGCUUCGCUGCAGCACUACAACCCCCUUAUCGACCAGAAGGUCAAGGCGACCUGGAACAUCCCCGAGACGUGGAACCUCAUCGCAGAGCUUCCCUUCGGCGAGCCCGCCGGCCCUCACGGCGACAAGAGCUUCAAGCCCAUCGAAGAGCGCGUGAAGGUGUACGGCGCGUGAGCUUACGUGUUCUGGAGCAUGGCCUGAGAUGUAGAACGUAUGAUGUAUGGUAUAGAUCUCCGGCGGCGAAACGCAGUAAAUUAUAAUGUUGUAUCUGGGAUCCUAUUGCGUUGCUGUCUUCCACGACGCGCAGCGGCCGCGUGGGCAGACCAGGCCAGUGGACCAGGACAGGCACUGA